AUGACCGAGAGGCGGCCAGGUACAGCAUCCGGACCGGAAGCGGUUCCUUCGGUCGGUGUCUCCGCAGCCGAGAUGACUAGUUGGACGACUGUGCCGUUGACGCAGCGUCCAAGUGGACUCCGGAGCCACAGCUAUGAGCUCUCGCCGGGGACGGAGUCGGGCAUCAAGGCUACCUGGACCUCCACAAGCCGUGCCAAGGGUUUCAUAUACCUCAACCUCCUGCGAUGGGCUUCGCUGAGCAUCUGUACUGUCAUGUUCAUCGGCGAGGUCUUCGUCGCCGCCUUUAGCCUUCCGUUCUUCGAUACGUACUUUGCCAUCCCAUGGGCUUUGGUAGUGGCGGGCUGGGACGUCUGGCGACUGGUCCGGAUGCAUAAGCCACGAGGUCGAGUCUUGGUCUCGGUCUCGCAUCUUGUUGUUGAUGGCCUCAUAUUGCUCAUCAGCCUCGUGUCUUGUGUUGGGGUAGGCUGGGCCUUCAACACCGGUGGGUGGUAUAGGGAGGAAUCUCGAGCGACUGUUCUUAUGGCAGGUAUUGCAAUCAUGACGAUCGUACAUAUUGUCAUAUUCAUACGGUCGUGUAUAGAAAAGCGGCAUGGUUUGCCGGUGGGCGGCACUGACGAGCUCGAGCUGCCGAUGCAUUCGACUACGCAGCAGCAACAGCCGGCCCAGAUCAUUGUCCGAUACGUGCAGACAUGCCCGAAGUGUGGAAGCCAUAGCGAGCCGAAGCCUGGGGAGGCAAUCAACGAGUCUAUGGCGGCCCGCGGCGAGCUGCAACCCCAGGGAAUAUCACCUACGGAUUUGCAGCACGUCCACUGA